ACCAAUCUAAUAUAAUUUCUAGACCAACUGUAAAAUGGAUUGACCUUUUUUAUAACUGAAACUAACUUUACAGAUUAAAAGUCAGCAAAAGUCAGACCUGACACUGAAGUUUCAUAAAUUAGGAGUCCGUUCAUGAUGUUCCCCAAAAAAAAAUCUUCUGAAUUAUGAUUGUUUUAGUCUACUUUAUAUUAUCUUUUCAGGAUUUAAGAGCUGUUUAUUUGUAUCACUACGACGAGGCAUCGCAGCGACCGCGUCUUCCGACAUUUGAAGAUAUCGAAUUUGAACCGAUUUCGCCGCUCGGCAAAGACAAAGCGAAAAUAACAGCUAAGAAUCUGAACUGUCACGAAUUUUAUAAGUACGCGUUGAACUGCGAGGUCGAAGCGGCUCUUAUUUACAAUUCUAGCAGGAAAGCGCCACCGACGCCUGAGAAAAUCGGAGAUUGGUGCAGAUCUAUAAAACACCAUAUAAACUGCGCCAUAGACUGGAAUUCAGACUGCAAUGACGUCACAGAGCAACAUUUCAACGAUGAAAGUAUCAAGGGUCUUAUGCACGUUGACAGCAGCGUCUGCGAUGACGAGUGGUUUAUAACACAAUAUGACCAAGUGUCUGAUUGCAUAUCAAGAUCAGGCGACGCUUGGGAAGGAUGCUACAGGACAUUCACCGAUGUGGUGGAUCGCGAAAAGAACAAAACAAACGAAUGGACGCACUAUCAAACACAUUUUAAAUUGUGUUGCGCACGAGCGAAGUUCAGGCGGUGCACGUUCGAAGCGCUAUUUGAGUCGCCGGGCUCUAAAUGCUCACGUGAACACGCAGUCACUUUGCAGAAAUAUUCCGUUUUUGUAUCAUCGGGUAACGUUCAUCAGGAUUGCGACCACAAUAUGAUGUAUUCAGAAUGUCCAGGAGGUGAUCCUAGGCCCUCAGAGAAUACCUUAAAGAGGUUGAUGAAUGGUGAUCCUGAUGAGAUGAUGAUCAGUAAAGGAUCCGAGCUUCAUCAUCAAUGGAGAAUAUUAUUUUUAUUUUAUACAUUAAAUCUAAGCCGAUACGGUUAAUACUCGAAUGGUUUUUGAAAGGUCCAGG